AUGAACGGUUUACCCUCUGCGAAUGGGAAUGGUCAGUCGCCCGGAAAUCUUCCACCAAUCUCUGUUUUCCUUCCAUCAAAUAGAGCAUUCGAUCCUUCGAACCAGCCUCUGAUCAAUCCAUCAAAUCAAACAGCGUUCAGUCCAUCGAUUCAGCUACCAUUUCGUCCAUCUCAACCUUCAGCUUUCCAUCAGUACCAGCGUCCAGUGUACAACGCUUACGAGUGGCAUACACAACCGACUACAACUAUUUCGACAACCAUGUCUCCUUCGUUAUUUUCGCCCCAGGACCAACUUAACGAGCUAAGCCUACCACCGCCGUUGCCGCCAGUUCGCCCAUUAAACGAUCUACCGCGUCCUCAACCGAUUCAUCCUAUGGAGUAUCAGAACCUCGUCCCCAUGGAGCCGGUUGCCGACCCUGCCCCUCGUAACCCGGGCAUGCUGCCUGCAGUGCCUAAUCUGUAUCCGUUCAUGAAUUUCAAUAAUCAGAAUCAGCCAGCACUCAAUCUCAACCCAUCGGAUGCACAAGGCGAUCCUCCAGCUGAGGCUGUGGUUGUUGAACACGUGGACAUGGAUGUGACCCCUCCCCAGGUCCUUGGCGUCGUCGCCUCGCGCGCUGAUGAGCCCGGAGUUCCAGCUGAUUUCGAGCCGCACAAGCGCUAUCCAGCACUGCUCGUGCAGAUGACGAACAGAGUCAAUCCAGUUCUUCUCUACAACGCACCCAACACAGAUCGCUGCUAUUCCUUCACUUUUUCUCGCAAAGAAGGACGUUUUGACGUCUACAUGUGCAAGGGCUGUUAUGAAAUCGUGCCACAGCAAAUCAUCGUGCACGUUCACGGAAAUUAUUUCCAAACCGACCCGGCCAACUUGCCUCAUAUCUGCAAGCCGAAGUUGCUUAUCGAAGAGAUCUCGCAGUAUACCAAGAGGAAUGUGAAAAUGCCUCUGAAGAAGUAUCUUCUCGUUCAGAAAUCCUCGAAGCCAAGUGCUACACGUCGUGGUAAAGCCAGAAAACAUCUUCAUGUGGCUGUGGACAAAGACUAUGUGCCAGUUACAGUCAGCGGUAAUUAUGGUUAG